AUGUUGCUUCCAGAGUUCCGUCGAUUCCAGGAACAGACCCUGAGCCGGUUAGACCUUCUGAACCAAAUGUCUAAUGUGUCGACCUCCCUAGAGGUCAGAGUUCAGACCCUGUCUGACCAACACAGAAACCUCACCCAGGAACUAACACAACUCAGAGACACCACCACACAGGAGCUGGACGUCCUGAAUGACCGCAGCAGUAAACUACAGAAGAAGAACAAGAGGAUGGAGGGAAGACUGGCCUCGCUGGAGAGAGGACUGAGACACAGACAGGGACAGGGCAGCAGGCAGACCCAGAGACUGAGUCAGGAGCAGGGAGAGUCUCUCUCCAGCCUCACCCUGGAGCUCCAAGGCCAGGAGGGUCGUCUCGACUCCCUGGAGGCCCAGCGAGAGGAGCUUCUGGUCGGGCUGAGAGGUCUCCAGGAGUCCCUGAGGGAGCAGGAUCUCCGGAUGAGCCGGCUCGAAGGGAGGCUGGGGGAGCUUUUACAGGGGAAUGUAAUCUCUUCCAGGGGAUCAGAAAGGACAGGAGACCCCCUCACCUCCAACCUCACCCCCCAGGACACAGCACCCCCACGGAGGACCCAGGCCUCCAGAGGACAGAGCCCAAGACAGGACACCCAGACAUAUUACCAGCCCCAGCCUCAGGCUAACAUUCAGCCUCAGCCCUACUCUCAGCCCCAUCCCAAACCCAAUUUCCAGCCAAAACACACCAAAGACAGGAGGAUGAGGACAAGACUACAGCCUCCACCUCCCCACCCCACACAGCCUCCUUCUGAGUCCCAGGAGGAGAGGAAGAGGCUGGGGGAGAGAGGACAGGAGAGCCCCCGGCCUGGUCGUCCUCAACAGGGGCCAAAACCACAGUCUGUGGAGGAGACGAGAGAGGAGGGAGAGAUGGAGAGGAGGAGGGGGGAUGAGGUGUGGAGGAGGAGUGAAGUGACGCGGACAGAGAUGAGGAGGGGAGAGGAAGAGCGGACAGAGAGGAGGAGGGGAGAGGAAGAGCGGACACAGUGGAGGAAGGAAGAGGAAGAGCGGACAGAGAGGAGGAAGGAAGAGGAAGAGCGGACAGAGAGGAGGAAGGAAGAGGGAGAGCGGACAGAGAGGAGGAGGGGAGAGGAAGAGCGGACACAGAGGAGGAAGGAAGAGGAAGAGCGGACAGAGAGGAGGAAGGAAGAGGAAGAGCGGACAGAGAGGAGGAAGGAAGAGGAAGAGCGGACAGAGAGGAGGAAGGAAGAGGAAGCACAGACAGAGAGGAGGAAGGAAGAGGAGGAGAUGAAAGGAGAGGAAUCACAAAUCCAGAACCUUCUCCAGCUUCCAGUGAGACACAAGAUCCCUCUGCAGCACAUCCCCAGGAGAGAAGCCACCAUCUGUAACGUGGACUCCAUGCUCCUGUUCCCGUCUGCUUCCUCUGAGAACUACGUCACCUUCUCCCGGAGCUUCCCUGCUCUUCCAGAACUCUCCGUGUGCCUGUGGCUCCGCGUCGACGUCGGGUACGUAGGAACGCUCCUCUCUUACGCCACGGAAGACAACGACAACAAACUAGUCCUAUACGGACGCAACUCCUCCUCCUCCUCAUCCUCCACCCCCAGCCGAGCAACCCUGGACUUCGUGGUGGGAGACCCUGCGUACCGUGAGCUCCCUGUGGACUCUGUGCUGGACGGGUGCUGGCACCACCUCUGUGUCCUCUGGUCCUCUAUCCAGGGACGAUUCUGGCACUACACCGACCGGCGCCUGACCUCUGCAGGGUCACGGUUCAGGAAGGGUUACGAGGUGCCGGGAGGGGGGAUAGUGGUGCUGGGAGCAGAGCAGGACAGCCAGGGGGGAGGGUUUGAUCCCACCGAGGGGUUCGUGGGGCGCCUGGCGGGGUUCACCGUGUGGGACCGGGUGUUGAGUCCUGGGGAGGUGACGGGGGUGGCUACGGGGAGGGGGGUACCCCGGGGGGUGGUGCUCGAGUUGGGGGACGUUGACGGAGUUCAUGGGGAGGUGCAGCAGGUAGCCUGCGAGUGCCUGGAACACUGUAGCUGA